AUGGCUGUGAUCAACGCACAAGUCAGUGAGCUCAUCAGGACCCUGCGUAAGAAAGGCUGGACGACUAGCACUAUCGCCAAACACAUGGCCACAACUGGAAUAAGAGCUUCCCUGCAAACUAUCCAGCGUCAUUGCCGAUGUGCUGUUGUGGAGAAGAAGAAGGAACGCAAGCCACGUAAAGUGACAAGUCAGGUGAUGGAAAUAAUAGACUCCAUCCUGAGAACAGACGUUGAACUAUCAGCAAGAAAAGGCUGGGGGGGGUCCCAGGCGGCUCCUGUCCUGGAUACAGGGGGAGUACAGACCCAGAGGCAGCAGGUACAGAGCAGACAGCAGCAGCAGGAAGAGGACCAGGACCACAGCUCUGCAGACUGUACCAGAGAAGGACCAUCAGAGGGACCAUCAGAGGUACCAUCAGAGGGACCAUCAGAGGCACCAUCAGAGGUACCAUCAGAGGCACCAUCAGAGGUACCAUCAGAGGCACCAUCAGAGGUACCAUCAGAGGUACUAUCAGAGGGACCAUCAGAGGAGGCAGCAUCAGAGGUACUAUCAGAGGGACCAUCAGAGAGGGCCCAUCAGAGGGACCAUCAGAGGCAGCAUCAGAGGUACCAUCAGAGGCACCAUCAGAGGUACUAUAAGAGGGACCAUCAGAGGGACCAUCAGAGGUACCAUCAGAGGAACUAUCAGAGGAACCAUCAGAAGUACCAUCAGAGGCGGCAUCAGAAGUACCAUUAG